AUGCGUCAGUGUUAUCUAUUUACUACUCUUCUCCUGAUUUUUAUUAUCAAUCAUGUGUAUUCCAAUCCAUCUAAGCCAACCAAAGCUUGCUUAAUGUGUUGUGGCAAACCUCCAUGUUGUAACUGUUGUGGUUUACCUAAUUGUGAUGGUACGAACAAACAAGCCACUACUGAUAUAAACACAAAAUCAAUCAAAUCUAAAAGAGCUUUUCCUGUUCCAAUCAGCAAACCUGGUCCACCGACAAUGUGCCUUAAUUGUUGUGGAAAACCACCAUGUUGUAAUACAUGCGGACUCGAUCCUGUUCUUUCUAACUAA